GGCCGGAAGACCUUUCCAGAUCAGAUCAACACCUUUCUCCUCAUCCUUCUUCUGUUCGUACCUCUUCAGAGAAGAUAUGGGUCUAAGGGACAUCGAGUCGACUCUCCCGCCAGGUUUUAGAUUCCACCCAAGUGACCAGGAGCUGGUCUGCCACUAUCUCCGAAAGAAGGUAGCCAAUGAACGAGUCUCCGGAGACACCAUGGUGGAGGUGGAUUUGCACACUCGAGAGCCAUGGGAGCUUCCAGAGGUGGCAAAGCUCAGCGCCAACGAGUGGUACUUCUUCAGCUUUCGUGACCGCAAGUACACCACGGGCUCGCGCACAAACCGAGCAACAAGGUCGGGAUACUGGAAAGCCACCGGUAAAGAUCGCACAGUCUACGAGCCUACAACCCAUGCAAUGGUGGGGAUGAGGAAGACACUGGUGUUCUACCGCGGGAGAGCCCCAAAUGGGAUAAAGACCGAGUGGGUCAUGCAUGAAUUCAGAUUAGAAUCCCCUUGUACACCCCCAAAGGAAGACUGGGUGCUGUGUAGGGUCUUCCACAAGAAGAAGGGGGAUACCAUGAGGUGCAGCAUGGAGAAUGAGCAGGAGAACAACCACAACGUCGGUUGCUUCUCGUCAUACAUGGAGUCAUCCCAUCCUCAGAACGAGCAGCAGAUGGAAGAUGGAUGCUAUGAGCAGAUAACCUCAUCAUUCGCCUUUGUCGACCCACAGCAAGAUGGCAACAGCUUAGACACGCUCCUUAAUUUGGCAGCAUACCAUUACAACUUGCUUGGUUUCCCUCAGGACAUGUACAACCCAAGAAUUAUAGAAGUGGGCUCCGGAGUUGGUGGGGAUGACUGUGGAAUGGUAGUGGAGACAGGGUUGGAAGAACAGCGUAUGCUGGGAGGAGGAAUGGCAAACCUUGGAGAAGGUACGAGCUUCCAAGGUGGAAAGGAUCAACUCUUCUUCUAAUGUUCUAUCAUCACUUGAUUCAUUCAUUUGGGUUCGAGGGAGUGAUAAAAGAUGGCCAAUGUACAUGAUGUGGUGUUGUUGAAUUAUAAGCUUCAUAUAUUAUAUG